AUGUUUUGGUCGUCGAGUCAAGAGAAAGGACUACUACAGGACAAGAGUGGCGAUUUUGUUGAGGAACAACCCGGCGAUGACAACCAGCAACUCGUUAUUGUGCAACCCCCACAAGGCAGAACAUUGCUCCCCGCUCCAGCUGCUGCCCUUGUCAGUGGUGUAACUGGCAUUACUUCCUUUUAUGUCAGGGCUGGUACCAAGGUUGGGGGCUGGGGGCUCUACGCUGGCAGAGAAGCGACAUUGAAGACACUCUCCGUGGGCAGAAGUGUCCUGGAAACGGUCCUUAUUGCUGCCGGGAGGGAUGUAUCUGCCCGUAGUAAUGGGGAGCUGGGAAGGGCAGAAGCCGAGAAUAUCCUCGAGAGAAGUAUAUCGGCGCUUUACUCUUCUAUCUCGACCAUCUCCUUUGUGGCUUCCACAAGCUUCUAUUUGACUGAGAUGGGCAUGAAUUCGGUCUCGGCCCUGUCGAUUCAAGGCCUGUCAACUCUCAACGCCAUUCUCGGCUCCACAGAAUCCUCACGUGCUGUUGCAGCUAUAAUUACCCUGGCAAAGGAUGAGCUCAACAAGCCUGAAGCUGGUUGUACUGGCGAAGUGGUCUCCUACCUUGACCUCAUCGUCGGGACCGUUGGCUUUGUGAUGUUGCAACGAUGGGGUCGUCGCAAGACCGAACUUGAUUUCAGAGAUCGUCAUGGUGAGGAAACAAUCUGGGAUUCCGUCAUCGAUGAUAAGGGCUUUCGGGCCGACGUUGUGGGAACUAGGCGAAAAGGUUUGGUCAGCCUGCACAACAAUACAGGCGCCCCAACCGUGACCUUUGCCUCGCCUGACGGAGAAGAGACCUUCGAGGCGUUUGAGCGUGCGACAUUGUUCGACCCCCAAACUCUUUCAAUUUCCCCAGAUAAUUCAACCCAAUUAACUGACGAGGAGAUACACGAGCGCAUUCUCAAGCAACUACCUACUGGAGCCAGAGCCGUCAUCACCUCCGAGAUUUUGACAGCGAAGACCAUCAAGGUCGACAUCUACAACGCACGAAACGCCCAAAUUGAAGCGCCUCCAGGCACCAUCAUGGUCUCUGAAAGGCUUACUCAAGGCGAAGGUGUCGGGAACCCCCCGCAGGACGGGCCUCAACAGACCGUAAUUUUCCGGACUGCUCUGACAAGAUCCAGCAGCACGGACAUUGCAUCAACCGAUCAACUCCGACUCACGACCAACGAUGGAGUUCAAACUGAUCAUCAUGAUCAUCAUGAUCAAGAUGAUUUUCUGAUGAUGGAUGUUACCCCAAAACGGAUCUCGAUAGUGGACGAGCCAACCCAGAUUGAAUCGCUCCCGUUUAGUGACUCUGAUCCUGAGAAUGAAAUCAUCGAGUCCUCAUCUACCCCUACUCCACCUACCCAGCCCAAGGCAAUGGGGCCAAUGGCGAACGAGAAGAAGAGUCGACGCCCUAAUCCGCCAGAGCGAACAUCUUCCUCUGCGAGUAAGAUUACAAGCCACAUACCACUGAUGAAGAAUAGCAAAAAGAAAUCUAUACCGACUAAUAAGCCUGAAAAGAAUGGUGUCCUGAAGAAAGCAUUGAAGUCUCUGAGCCCGAGCCAGUCCUCAAUCGCAGUCAAAGAUAUACCUUGUAAGAAUGCUCAUCAGAAGCCCCUCCCUCUACCCCCCACUCAAGCCUCGAGAAGUCGGGCGCCUUCAGCCGGACGAGGUGAUAUUCCGCUCCGCAAGGCUUUCACCUCACGCAGCCAUGGUACCACACCACUUACAAGUCCGAAUUUACAACGCGCAUCACAGCAUGAGUCCUCGUCUAGCUACUUUACAUUACAUGAUAGAAGGAGAGAUUCCACUGUCUCGCAGACAACCGAAACCUAUUCAGUGCAAUCCAUCGAGAGCAGGCCUGGGUCGCCUACAUUCACUCGAACGCAUACCCGUGUUGUAAGCGGACUGACACAGACCAGAUCUGAGCUUGCGCUGUCUCUGAAAGAAGCAGAAUCAAGACCCGAAUCUUCAAACACUGCACAUAACCAUCAUCGCUCCCGAUCAUUUGUGCCAAGUCUUUAUUCUAUGGCCACGAAAGACUCCCACGAGGCGAUUAUCUUGGCUCCAAAAACUCCAGUGCCACGAAAGUCUAUUUACGAAGACCAUAAUAUUUUAACCGCUUUAAUUACCGACGGGAAAGCGCCUGGCAUUUUUCCAGAUCAACACCUCGUCAGGACGAUCCGACGUUUCUCUAGAUUCGCAUCUGCUUCGUAUGGCUCAAAUUUCCUCCGCGUUAUGGGCCUUAGUUCGACCGAAGAACAGCUAAGCAAGUCAACUGAAUUAAUGACCUUAAACACCCACCACGAGCAUAAUUCAUUCUCGACCCAUACUGGCCUACCGCCACAUACUAUUCUUUUGUCCUCAUUCUUUGAUCCUAAAGGUGUUACUGGAAACACCGACUGGUCUCCCUCGGCAAUCUCUCCACUUAUCCAUUUUAUAUCGAUUGACGAUGAUUCAAAGGCCGUGGUUCUGACUUGCCGUGGAACCCUGGGCUUUGAGGAUGUCUUGACUGAUAUGACUUGCGAUUACGAUGACCUUUUUUGGCAAGGCCGCGGAUAUAAAGUCCACAAAGGCAUUCAUGCAUCGGCAAGACGAUUAUUAGGUGGUAAUGGGAGCCGUGUCAUGGCAACCAUCAGGGCAACACUUGAGCAGUACCCUGAUUACGGACUAAUUCUUUGCGGACAUUCACUUGGGGGUGCCGUUGCAGCCGUCCUUGCGAUCUUGAUCUCGGAACCAUCCAAUGAUACAGCACAGUCAGCAUUUGUCACCGCAGACAAGCCAAAGCUUCUCACCCACCGAAAUACCGGUGAUCAAUUCACAUCUUGCGCCCCUCCGAUAACGCUCCCAUCUGGACGACCUAUUCAUGUCUAUGCCUAUGGCACGCCAGCAUGCAUGUCUGAGCUUCUAAGAGUUGCAACUCGUGGUCUCAUCACAACCAUUGUCAAUCAUGCCGAUAUUGUGCCAUGCCUGUCACUGGGUAUACUGCACGACUUUCGGACGGUUGCCUUACACCUAAAGACAGACACGACCGAUGCUCUCGGAGCACUCAAGACUCGUGUCUGGCAACGGCUCAAGAGUGCAAUUGCAUCUUCUUUCUACAACAAUCCAAAGGGACCUCCCCCACCAGAGAAUCUUGCUGGUGACGGCCUAGGAGAAGAUACAUGGGCAUGGUCAGCACUCAAGACACUUCGCGCUGCAAUGGUGAAUGACAAGCUCGUCCCGCCUGGAGAGGUAUUUAUCGUGGAGACCUCCCGUGUCUUUGAUCGACUUGAUCCUGAUGUCGCUCGUGAAGCAGUCUUUGGGCCUGACGAUUCAAAAGAUGAUCGGACAGAAAAGCUAUACCGGGCGCUGGGUAGGCCUGCCACACGAGUUCAGCUCAAACUUGUUCGCGAUGUGGAGACAAGAUUCGGAGAACUCAGAUUUGGAAGAGACAUGUUUGGCGAUCAUAGCCCGGGCAGGUAUGAGGCCGCCUUAGCGGCAUUGGAAAACGGUAUUUGUGACGACUUAUGA